AUGGUUUUUAAAUUUGAGGUCGAGUUAUAUGAAUGUCUUGUAGAGGCUCGACAGCAAGGUUAUUGGUCUAUAGUUGGAGGGGUCAGUGGAACUGCCACCUUUAUGGAUUGUAUAGACAGUGCCUCUUCUCCAAGAGGCGGGAAUUGUUCUCAACAACAAGCAGCCAUUUUUGAAAUGGUUGUGGACAGUUCGUCUAUAGUGAUGGGGUUGGUGAUGGUAGCUGCAUUUGGAUUUGGUGAUUUUACCAUUUCAGUCAACCAGAUUGGUUUUGGUGGUUGUACAGGUGGAGGUAGUGGUGCCAGAUUAAAAAUUGAAUUUUAA